AUGCUAAGAGACGAUGGUCUUCCUCAGUUGAUUAACUUAUAUCGCAAUCCAAUAGAUCCGACCCUACCGCAUGAAACUGUCUGGUUCCAGCAGGACGGUGCAGCACCCCAUUAUGCUUUAAUGUUUAUUUUUGGAUUGGGUCUUCCGAUUGAAGUUGACCGGCAUGCUAUAACAUUAGGAUCUGUAUUUAAAGCCUUUUAUCUAUUACCAACAAAUGCUUCAACUUAUACGCAGCCUGCUAUAGGGGUUGUAGCCAAACGAUCUACAUCAAGAUGGACCUUCUACGAAAUUUUAGAGAACGUGAUUGCCAGACCUUCGUCAACAACAGAUGAGUUACAUUAUCCAACAAAUAUGGAUUAUUUUUCCGCAGAAAAACUUGGAAAACGACAGGAAAAUUGCGAUUAUCAUUAUCCAGGUUGCAAAUUAAACUUUUUACAACAAUUCUCCCGAUUUUUGAAAUAA